AUGGAGUCAAAUAUAACCAAAAAAAGGAGAAAAAGGUUUGUUGUGUGGGAUCAUUUUACAGAAAUUAUUACUUCUGAAGAGAGUACAAAAGCAAAAUGUGACUAUUGCUUUAUUGAGUAUGUAUUUAAGACCAAAGACGGUACGUCAACACUUCUUUCUCAUAUGCUUAAGCGUCCUAAACGCCCUGCUAUUGUUGAUAAAAAACAAUCAAAUUUAGGCUUUCAAUCUGCGCCGGGGGGUAGUCAGGGUGACGUAGCUGUUGCUGCUUGGAAAUUUGAUCAAGAAAAAUGUAGGAAGGUGUUAUGUCGUAUGGUAAUAGUUGAUGAGCUUCCUUUUAGCUUUGUUGAGAAAGAAGGUUUUAUAGACUUUAUGAAAGUGGCGCAGCCUUAUUUUCGGAUCCCUUCCCGUAGUACUGUAACUAGGGAUUGUUUUGAUCUUUUUAAUAAAGAAAAGCAAAAGUUGAAGAGGUUUUUUAUAGAAACAAAACAAGGAGUAUGUAUUACCAUCAAUUACAUGUGUGUCACUGCCCAGUGGAUUGAUAGUGAAUGGAAUAUGCAUAAGAGAAUAAUUAAUUUUUGUCCUAUUGUUAGUCAUAAAGGCGAAGAUAUGGCAAAUGGUAUUGGUAGGUGCUUACGUGAGUGGGGGAUAAAUAAGAUCUUCAUUGUCACAGUUGAUAAUGCAAGCUCAAAUGAUGUGACAAUAAAAGAAUUGUCUAAGCAAUUAACAAAAAUGGGAACUAAUUUGACGAAUGGUACUCACCUUCACGUGAGAUGUAUGGAUCAUAUCAUGAAUCUUGUGGUCCAGGAUGGUUUAAAAGAAUCUUCAGUGUCUAUUGAACGUGUUAGGCAUGCAGUGCGAUAUGUUAGGCAAUCUCCUGCGAGGUUGAAGAGGGCUGUUGAAUUUGAAAGUGUAUUUUCACAUUAUGCUUCUAGUAAAAUUGGCUUAAGACAUUAUCUUGAGCAUUCUUAUAUUGAUGUUGGGAUUCCUACAGGUGAACUUUUUAGUAGUGAUCGGGAGAAUAGAAUAUGGAAAAAAAAGUUUGAUAAGUAUUGGGGUGAUCCAGGGAAAAUGAACAAGAUAAUUUUUAUCUCAUAUAUUUUGAAUCCACUUUACAAGAUCGAAUCGGUUGGCUAUGCACUUGUAAAGAUGUUUGGUAUAAAUCAGGGGGCACCUAUACAAGCAGAAGUGACGAAGUACAUGACUUCAUUAUUUAGUGAGUAUGUAAAGUCCAGCUCAAAAGGUGUUGUGCUUGCUUUAUCUUCAGAUUGUUCUUCAUUGGACACUUCGACUUCCGGGCUUUCUGGCAGUCAAGCAAGCACCCAAAAUAUAGGACGUUUAGAAUCACUCAUGCAAGAUAUAAAAAAAUAUAGAAGUGGGAGUGGAGGUGUUGAUACUAGAACAGAGUUAGAUAAAUAUUUAGGUGAAGAAAUUGAGGAUGACACUAAAGAAUUUGAUGUUCUUCUUUGGUAG